UUACAAAUGGAGAACUAGACCUCAGAGCAGAGAACUCGAGUUUGAACCCAGAAGGCGUCAGACAGUAGCUCCUGUAGCUAAGCUGCUUAGCUCGGAGCAUAGCCGGCUUUGGCCACAAGUGACAGGCUAGCGCAGAUCCUCCAGCAAACGCCCUCCUUUUCCCACCCCACCCCUAGGGGCCUGACCUAGGGCUCGAGCUUAACAGCCCAUACUUUGCGGCUUCCUGGGCAGGCUCCAAAGCCUGGGCUAUGGAUCUAAGGGGUACGUUCUCCUGGGCAUGCUGCCUGCUGAGCAGUUUAUAUAUCUCCUCUGCCUUUGCUCUCCCAGUCGGGAACUCUUCCCCUGUGGCCGAAAUUCAGGACCCAGCGGUGGGACAGUUUUGGCACGUGACUGACUUACAUCUAGACCCUACAUACCACAUCACUGAAGACCACACAAAAGUAUGCUCAUCAUCCCAUGGGGCAAAUGCUUCCAAUCCAGGCCCUUUUGGAGAUUUUCUAUGUGAUUCUCCAUACCAACUCAUCUUAUCAGCAUUUAAUUUCAUUAAGAGCUCUGGACAGCAAGCAUCUUUCAUGAUAUGGACUGGGGAUAGUCCUCCUCACAUUCCAGUUAAGGAACUCUCCACGGAUGUAGUCAUAAAUGUCAUUGGCAAUAUGACAACCACCAUCCAAAGCCUCUUUCCCAAUUUACAGGUUUUCCCUGCUUUGGGAAAUCAUGACUACUGGCCUCAGGACCAAUUGCCUAUAUCCAGCAGCAAAGUAUAUGAUGCUGUAGCCAACUUCUGGAAACCGUGGUUAUCUGAGGAAGCCAUCCAUACUUUGAGGAAAGGUGGCUUUUAUUCACAGACUGUUCCAUCUCAUCGGAACCCUCAGUCCCUCAGGAUCAUCAGUCUAAACACAAACUUGUAUUAUAGCCCCAAUAAUGUCACUCUCAACCAAACUGACCCAGCAAAUCAGUUUGAGUGGCUGGAGAACACACUGAAGAGCUCUCGGCAAAAUAAAGAAAAGGUAUAUGUGAUAGCACACGUCCCAGUGGGAUAUCUACCAUAUUCAAGAAAUACAACUGCUAUGAGAGAAUAUUACAAUGAGAAACUGAUUGGUAUUUUCCACAAGUACAGUGAUAUUAUUGCAGGACAGUUUUAUGGACACACUCACAGGGAUAGCAUUAUGGUCCUUUCAGAUAGCAAAGGAAAUCCAGUCAGCUCCUUGUUUGUGGCUCCUGCUGUGACACCAGUGAAGAGUGUAAAAGAAAAAUUUACCAACAACCCUGGAAUCAGACUGUUUCAAUAUGAUCUUAAUGAUUAUCGAUUGCUGGAUACUUGGCAGUAUUAUUUAAACCUCACAGAGGCUAACAUGAAAGAAGAACCCAGCUGGAAGUUGGAGUACAUCCUGACAAAGGCUUAUGGGAUUGAAGACUUGCAACCAAAAAAUUUAUAUGAAUUAGCUAAACAAUUUACAGUCUUAGAUAGUAAACAGUUCUUAACAUAUUAUAAGCAUUUCUUUGUGAGUUAUGACAGUGAUAUCAUGUGCAGUGGAGAUUGUAAGACCUUUCAGAUUUGUGCAAUUAUGAAUCUUGACCAGGAAUCAUAUGCAAACUGCUUGGAGCAGUAUGGCCUUUGGCACAUGCAAUAGGUAUGUCUGAUUAAAUGAUUAAAUUUGAAUGAUUAAAUCUCAUUGAUCUAUUUAUGAAAUUUAUAAAUUACUGUUAGAUAAAUGGAGAUCUUUUCCUUUUAAUUAUGCCCAAUUUUUAAAAUUUGUUUAACAUUCUGAUUUUUCAUUAUUAUUGAACAGUACUUAUGACUUUGGGAUGUGAAUUCUCUCAUUCCCUUGGCAUUGUUAUUUAUUCCCAGACUAGAGGAAAUUGUCAUUUACACAGCAAAGCAAAUUACCACUACCCAUGUUGAAGCCACAGGACCUAUUUUCAGUGUCCUUCAAUAAAAGCUUUAUAAAUAAUCUUGUCAUAUAAAAAUAUUUGAAAAACUAGAUAAUGCAAGAUUUGCUUACACUAACCUACAAAAUGGGAAAUGGGAAAUUUAUUCUCGUCUUUCCAUGCAAUUGGCCUUAGGUAAAACCAAUGAAUCUAUUUGUGCCAGUUUCUGCAUCUACAACUGAAAACUAUAUUUGGGUCUAUGAUCCAAUUCAUCUUACAAUAUAUGGGAAAUAGAGCUAUAUGGAGCAUUUUUUGUCUUUGGGGAUUAGAGGAAAAGAAUUUCAUUCAUGCUUCUUUCACUUCCCACUGUACCCCUACCAUACCAACUCUAUGAAUGUUAGAAUUUGGGGGAAAGACUUUCAAAAGAUCAUGUUAGGAUCUUAAAUGGGAUCUUAUAAGAGAAGAGGAAAAUGAGUUCUUGUUGUGGGUGGGGGUUUAUAAUUGCCUUUUUAUCUAUAUUCUCUUAACUAGACCACAAAUUACUUCCUCAUUUAAUAUCCUCUUCUCCUGCUGAGAGUAAAGUUAUACUCUAAAGGAAAAGAGGGUAGGGAAGACCAAGUCAGUAAUUUUAUAACAACCAAAGAGAAGAAUUAUGUUCAAGCAUCUUUAAAGUCUUGACUUGAUGGGUUAAGAAGUUUUAUAAAUACAAGAUGUUUUUAUAGUAAAACAAAAUUAUUGCAACUUCAUAGGACUGGGAAAAAUCAAAGUCCAAUAAUGCAUACAAUGAAUAUGGAAAACACUACACUUAACUAAUCAUUAAAUAAUAUGUUUUUGUUUUGCAAUGGGUUUUAAAAGUUUUUUUUUUUUAAAUGAGAAUGCUGAAAAAAAUAUUUUGUAUACAUACUAUGGGAAAAUCACUUGAUAUGCACCUUCAGCUAUAAAAAGUGGCAUUCAGGUUUUGUGCAAUAUUUCUUUUAUUACUGAAUAAUAAUUUUUUUAUUUCCCAUAGGAAAAUUGGAACAUGCAAUUUAAAUAAAUUAUUGUGGAAAACUGAGGACCAUUCUGUUCAGUACUUGGAUAAUAUUUGCAUUCUUCAGAAAUACUUGACAAUUAUAAUGCCUAUUUUUAUUGUCAUUUCAGGUUGUGUCCAAAUAUACAAUAAAUUAUAAUAUAUUCGCAAUAA